ACAUUCAUAACUUUAUAGGCUAAAGGGUCUCUCAAGUUAUUUCGACUUCCCGUUAACAUCGGCGCGGUUUGUAAAGUAAGAUGGCUUCGUAAUAUUUUUAUAAGCAAUUUUUGCUCCACAACGAAAAUGUUGAAAUUCCAACUCUUCGUACUGGAGUAUAUUAGUAAUUAAUAAGUAAUAUCAGAUAGUUUAUCUAUCAUCAGCUAUUUACUUUCAAAUGAUAAUUCGCUAUUUCUGAAUGUCCUUGUCAGCAGAAUGUCAUUCUAACGUCGUACUGUAUCGACAUUGGUCUGAUAUUCCUAUCAUUAAAUUUGAAGUGAUUGUUAACUGUAGUUCAUUUCAGAUAUGUCACGUAUGCUAAUCAGAGGUAGUGUUGCUGCGGCAGCUGUUAUUGGAGCUGGAGUUGCAGUAUCAAGUCGCAUGAACAGCGAUUCCACUGUACAAGCUCGUUGUUGGUCAUCAAAUGUCCACCUUCGCUAUCCACCAGCAUUGAAUUACCCUGACUUUAGCAAGCACAACAAUCAUAUGGCUAAAGUUCUAACUCCUGCUCUUUAUGCCAAACUUAGAGAUCGUGUAACUCCCAAUGGUGUAACAUUGGACCAAUGCAUUCAAACAGGAGUAGACAAUCCAGGACAUCCGUUCAUCAUGACAGUCGGACUGGUUGCCGGUGACGAAGAGUCGUACGAAGUUUUCGGCGAACUUUUUGACAAGGUCAUUGAUGACCGUCAUAAUGGCUAUGGCCCCAACAGAAAACAUCCAACAGAUUUGGAUUCAUCCAAAAUCCGUGGAGGAAACCUCGACCCAAAAUAUGUUCUCUCUUCUCGAGUAAGAACAGGUAGAUCCAUUCGUGGUUUAACUUUGCCACCUGUGUGCUCUAGAGCUGAGAGAAGGGAGGUUGAAAGAGUUGUAACCGAUGCUUUGGCCAAUUUGGGUGGUGAAUUCAAUGGCAAAUACUAUCCUUUAUCUAAGAUGACCGACGCUGAGCAAGACCAACUCAUUGAAGAUCACUUCCUCUUCGAUAAACCAGUAUCCCCACUUCUUUUAGCCUCUGGAAUGGCAAGAGAUUGGCCCGAUGCAAGAGGAAUCUGGCAUAACGAGAAAAAGAACUUUUUGGUAUGGAUCAAUGAAGAAGAUCAUACCAGAGUCAUUUCCAUGGAAAAGGGCGGUAACAUGAAAGCUGUCUUCGAGAGAUUUUGCAAUGGUUUGAAAGAAGUAGAAAAAAAUAUACUUUCAAAGGGUUGGGAGUUUAUGUGGAACGACCACUUGGGUUACGUUUUAACUUGCCCAUCGAAUUUGGGUACCGGUCUAAGGUGUGGAGUUCACAUCAAAUUGCCGAAAUUGUCUAAGGAUCCCCGAUUCUCACAAGUUUUGAAAAAUCUAAGACUGCAAAAGAGAGGAACUGGAGGCGUUGACACAGCAGCCGUUGGUGGUACUUUUGACAUCUCUAAUGCCGAUCGUUUGGGAAAAUCCGAAGUUGAAUUGGUUCAAAGCGUUAUUGAUGGUCUUGACUUACUUAUUCAAAUGGAAAAGCGCUUGGAAUCCGGAAAGAAGAUCGACGAUCUUAUUCCAAAACCAAUAAAAUAA